AUAAAAAAUGAACUAAGAAAAGAUGAAAAAAUCCUGAAAUCGCUGAUAUACAGCGAACUCUACAAAAAUUACUACUAUCUCGUCUCAUAUGAUGAAACAACUAAGAAGGCGAUUAUUAAAAUCGGUAAAAUCACGAACAAAAAAAUCAUAGACAAUGAAGAAAAAACCCUGUUCAAACUCAUAUUAAACAACGUAAUCGAAGAAGCUAAGAAAAGAAUCUGCGAAAAAAUCAUCGAAAAACAUCAAGACCUUUUCGAUGAAAUUAAGAGUAAAAUCAAUACCUGUUACAAAGAAGAAUUCUUUGAAUUUUUAGACAGUACCAUUGAAGAUUUUGUCACUAAUAAUAUCGAUAAAUUUAUAUUCGCAUCAAUCUUUCGUACAUUUACCAAAUAUUACUACUUUCACGUUUCUGUUGGUGAAGAACAUAAUAUGCUUACAGAAGAUGAAAAAAUCUUUUUUAAGAAUUUAUUGACAAAAGUAAUUGAAUAUCAAGAACAAAAAUUUGAAAAUUAUUCAAAUACUUAA